AUGGCGUCCAGCGACGACUACAAAUUCCUACUAAGCUGUUUGAUGAAUCAUGCUGGGAAGGUAAGCCUAUUCUGCCCUCCUCCUCCUCCUCCUCCUCCUCCUCCUCCUCUUCUCCCCCCUCCCUCCACCUCUCUACAUUCUACAAAUCUACAAUCAUAGUACUGACCACGACUACCACAUCUCUUCGGCAUUUCUACAGAUCGAUUUCGAAGCCGUGGCUAGAGAAACCGGGUAUACAAAUCCGCGCUCCGCAUCGAAUAGGCUAGCUUCUAUAAAGAAGAACCAUGCUGCCGCAAUGGCUGCUGCCGCCGCCUCUGGCACGAGUUCUUUAACGGCAUCUGGUUCCAAGGAGCAACCGCUGGCAGCGCCCGCCGCCCCCCCACCACAAGCGCAAAGUGCAGGCGCAAAGCGACGGGUGGGCAAGAAAGCGAAGGCAGUAAAGAGAGGGCGCGAGGAAGGAGAGGGGGGGGGUGCGCAUGGUGCGGACCCAGAGGAUAAGGCUUCCAAGAGGAGGAAGGGAACGGCAAGUGGGGAUGAGGGUACCUAG